UCAUGCGAAAGUUUUUCAUGUUUAUUUUGAAAAGCACAUUUUUUGUUUCUGUUUCUCUCUCGCGACUCGUGUUUUACAACAAACACUUAAAAAUUAAAAGUUUUCUAUUUUUUUGUCAACAUUGUUUAUCGACGAUCCUAAAUUAUGGGUAAAUUUGAAGGACGUGGUGGUGGUGGAGGCUUCGGUGACCGAGGAGGUUUUGGGGGCCGCGGAGGUGGUCGUGGUCGGGGAGGAGGAGGUCGAGGAAGAGGAUUUGGUGAUCGAGGUGACCGUGGGGAGGGAGGUGGUGGCUUCGGAGGUAGAGGCCGAGGUGGGGGAGGUCGAGGCUUUGGUGACCGGGGUGGUGGUGGCCGUGGUGGUCGCGGAGGUUUUGGUGACAGGGGAGGUAAAUUUGGUAAAAGUCCACGAGGUGGUGGUGGAUUCCGAGGGGGAAGAGGUGGAGGAGGCCGUGGUGGCGGCGGCGGUGGAGGCGGAGGCUUCAAAGGUGGAAAGAAAGUCAUCAUUGAGCCUCAUUCAAGAAUCCAAGGAGUGUUUGUUGCUCGUGGUAAAGAAGAUGCUCUUGUUACCAAAAACUUAGUGCCUGGAAAUAGUGUAUAUGGUGAAAAGCGAAUUUCAGCCGAAGAAGUUGACGGAAAAGUAGAGUACAGAAUUUGGAAUCCAUUCAGAUCCAAAUUAGGAGCUGCAAUUUUAGGUGGUGUCGAAAAUGUUUUCAUGCCUCCCGGAUCAAAGGUACUUUACCUUGGUGCCGCCUCUGGAACCACAGUCUCCCAUGUCUCUGAUAUUUUAGGGCCCGAAGGAAAGUGUUAUGCUGUUGAAUUUUCCCACAGAUCAGGAAGAGAUUUAUUAACUGUUGCCCAGAAAAGGAGCAACAUCGUGCCGAUCAUUGAAGAUGCUCGGCACCCACAGAAAUAUCGAAUGGUCAUGUCCAUGACAGAUUGCAUUUUCUCCGACGUCGCCCAACCCGAUCAAGCGCGAAUUGUGGCACUGAACGCACAUCACUAUUUAAAACCAGGAGGACAUGUGGUGAUAUCGAUUAAGGCGAAUUGUAUAGACUCAACGGCUCCAGCCGAGGCGGUUUUCGCUAACACAGUGAAGCAAUUGCAAGAAGAAAACAUCAAACCAUUGGAACAAAUCACUCUAGAACCUUACGAAAAAGACCACGCGGUUGUGGUUGGUGUAUAUCGACCUAACGAAUAACUGACAAUUAUAAUUUGGUUUAUUAAUACAAAUAAGUGUCAACAUUUUAUUCAAUAGAAAAUUUAAAUCUACUGAGUUUGUUACACGUGAUUCUUAUUGAUUCUGAUUGUCAUUGAUUUCCAAUGACAAUGAUUACAAUUAAAUCUAAUUUACUAACUUAAGUUUCUUAUGUCAAUAAAAUCAAUUUGAACCAAUA